UGUCGAGCGAACACGGGCGGCUAGGAACCAUGGCUGAGUUGUCGCUGAAGAAAUCUGCGGUGCUGGUGGUAAUGGCGGCGGCUGUGGCGCUCGCCAUCCCCACGGAAGACAAGAAGGCGGCGACGGACGUCUCCCAGAGCGGCGUCACGCUGCCGUUCAGCACCUCUGGCGACAACUACAGGACUUUCAUCAACGUUCCCACGUGUCGCCCAGGGCUGUGUCCAUUCAUCAAGAAACUGGUUCCUGAUCACCAUCCACAUCCAGACAGCCCGCAUAACCCAGCGCCAUCAGUGUGUGGCAAUAUGUGUUCCGCCGAUGUGACAUGCCCUAUCGGCCAGAGAUGCUGCCCCACCCACUGUGGAUACGUCUGCCAUCCCAUCGUCGUUGUGGCCCCACCCAAUGCCUAGAUAACUCUAUUUUCAUUUCUGCUGUUUACUGUCUGUCUAGUAUUGUUUCAAGGAAAUCUGUUUUUCAAUGUAUUUGCUCAGAUAAAACAGAUAUUAUUUAAUCAUCCAAUCAUAUAUUCACAUACCAUCCAAUCAUACAUUUAUCAUAUAACAUGAUAUCUUUAGAUUAGUAUCCUGUAGAAUGAUACUAUUCUGGCUGUGUAACAGCAAAUAUCACAUUCAUCCAUGAGCAAAAUAAUCAAAUCAUAGUAACUUACAAGUACAUUUCUAUCAUUAGAGAGCAUACAAAACAAACUAAAUUAUUAUGUCGCUCCAUGUGGUAGAAGGCUUUGAUCCCAAAGUAUUUAUUUACGUUAAAUGCUAACUAGUGAUUGAAACUCAUUUUAUUGCAAGUCAACGAAAACAGAUUCCUAUGAGAUGAUAAAAGACAGCAGUCCUGCAAGAAAUUAGAGGUUGUUGCUGAUAUUUAUUAACAUUUCAUCUAUGCCAUUGUUUUACCUUCAUCAACCUUGUAUAGACAUGUCAUCAGCUGUGUACAUCAUUUCCUUAUUUAACAAAUGUCAACUUCUUUUAUUCAUCCCACAACUGCACUUAAACAACACUAGCAGAAAUUGUAAUGGAUAUACAUCAAGCUAUGCAAAUGUAAAAGUACCAUACAUACAUUAAUGUUUGUCAAUUGUUAUCUUCCAAAUAAAAUAUUGUUUAUGAA